GAGAAUGUCCCUGAUCCUACCACUACGUUUUUGCCAUCCGCUACAAAACAAGACCAUUAGUGGAAAACUUCGAGGACCCUACUUCUCCAAGAAACUGGUACUUUCAACAGAAGAAGAACGGUUACAAAUCGCUACUGGUUUUGAGAACAGAUGGGAUUUUCCAAACUGUAUUGGCGCUAUGGAUGGAAAAGAUAUAGUCAUACAGGCUCCCAAGAAAGAAGGCAGUGUGUACUUCAAUUAUAAAGGGAACCACAGUAUUGCGCUAUUGGCACUGAUUGGACCUGGCUACAGAGUUAUAUACUUCGAUGUGGGCAGUAAUGGUAGAAUAUCUGAUGGGGGAGUUUUUAAUAAUCGUAGAAUGUCAGAAUGUCAUGAGUCUAAUUCUUCGAAUGUACCAGUUCCUUGACAUUUACCUGGUAGAACUGUGCAGAUACCUUACGUCAUUGUUGCUGAUAAUGCAUUUGCUCUAAAAAGCUGUAUUAUGAAGCCCUACCCUUUUAGAUGCCAACCAGUGCAAAAUCGUGUGUUUAACUAUCGGCUCUCUAUAGCAAGAAAUGUAUCUGAAACCUUUUUUGGGCUUAUAUGCACACAUUUUCGAGUAUUACGAACGCAAAUUCUUCUAAACCAAGAGAAAUCGAGGCAAAUUGUGAAAGCUAUUUGUGCUCUUCACAACUUUUUACUCACAGAAGAGAGUAGAAAUUCCAUUUAUGCCCCACCUGGCACAUUUGAUUCUCAAGAUUUACAGACGCAGGGAGAAUGGCGCAAAGACGUAUGGACAGAAACGAAUAUAUCGCUGGAACCAAUAAACAUAUGUAAUUGGUCACAGAUGGCCAAGUCGGAAACAAAUCCACAAACUACUUUGUUUCACUAGAAGGGGAAGUAGCCUGGCAAUACAGACGCCUUUAAACUUCAACUGA